AAUGUGGGUGUUCGCUGUGAUAAGCCUCGUGUUCAUCAUUUCAACGACAAUUUCAUACAGUAUCAUUUUCAUAACAUCCCAUUGUAUACUCAAAACAUUGCGAGAAAAUGCCACGGCAGCAAGAACGAAAAUGCUUCAACGACAGCUCACCAUCGUUAUGCUAUUCCAGGCAGCGACACCGCUGAUUUGCUCAACAGUGCCACUUAUUGUCUUCCUAAGCGCGAGCUACGGCGGUGUGGUUGUGGACGAUUACGGAUCGUUGGCGAUGAUGUUUAUAAACUGGCAGCCUUGUUUGAAUUCAAUCUUCUCACUCUACUUUGUCAAACCAUUUCGAACUGGGUUUUUUCGCUUGUUUCGGCAAUCUGUUGUAUCCAUUUCUGGAGCGCAGCCUGCAAUGGCUACAAAGCUUAAAAACGUAAAGCGAGCAACUUUGGCUGUUUGCACUGAUGUACACCGAACUAUGCCGCAGGUGAACUGA